AUGGAACACACCUCGAGCCUACCCAGUGAUUCGGCCCUACAGGCGCUGGAGGAUCGGCUGCCAAAAUACGACACCGGCCCCCCAUCGGUCAAGCUAAAAGAUGUGCUGACGCAGGAUGAGCUGGACGAGAAAAACAAACUGUUGGAUGAACUGGAGUCUCGCCUUCUACCUUCCAUCCAAGAGCAACUCGGGCCUCUUGUGGCUUCAUUGGGCCUACGAUCCGAUUCAAAACGAAACUUCGAAUUGACUUAUAACAUCCUAUCGACUCUUGAAGAAACUUGCUGGAACACUAUACUGUGCAUUGAGUCGAUUUCAGGCGACAUGAAUAUGACCAGCACCCACGACUAUCACUUUAAACGAUGCAAAUUUUACAGAUGUUGCGAGCUAAUGCUUAUCCCCUCGACUCUUUCAGACCAUCUCCAUCCGCUGUUCAUGCGCUCUAUUGAACUGAUCAAAGCAUCAAAAGUCUCAAGUAACUACGCAGUAACCCCUGAGUGUCAAAACCUGGAGAGGCGUCUUCUCCGGGAUGCAGCUGAGUUCAGUGAUUUCACCCGGCAAACCAUCAAGUGGCUUCAAGGAUCCGAUCUUUAUAUUAUUCAAGAAGAGUGGCGAGAGAAAGAGGACCAGCUCGAUGUCCUACUCCAAGUUUUCACCGACUUGACUCAUCCUACGUCGGUCAGGCAGCCCAACAAGACAAGCGCUCUCAGGAAACAUGUUAAUAAGCUAGCCGACCUCACCAUUCCUCUGGUCAAAUUGACAAGAAUAUUCUCCAAAAAAGUAUCGAAUACGGCAACCACCAAGCUGCCGUUCACGUUGGAUACCAAUCUCAACUCCCGGACACUUUCCACUCUGCACGAACUUCCUGAGUCCAUAGAACGAUAUUUUUAUCAAGUCGUGAAGGCGUUCAGGGAGGCUUAUACCACCAGCGAACUGGUUGAUCUUCGAAUUGUGAUAGGGCACCCGCUCCGCCAUAUCUCACAUAUUCUUGAAACCACUUUGGUUCUGCUAGCCCUGUAUCUCAUCCCUCUGCCGACGACCGACACCAGUCGUGAUUCGCCUGAAAGUAUCUACAAGGCUUGGUUUUCUGCGUGGCAAGAGGCGUGGCACGGCGCCUUUAACAAUAUCUCCUGUGCCCUUCAAACAUUUGAAGGUUAA